AUGGAUCUCCAACAGAUUUGGCAUACCGAUGUGACGGAGCUCCAUCGCAUACAGAAUAGUGACGAUACGUGUGACCAUCAUCACGAUAACCUGUGGAACGAUUUCGAAGACAGAAAAGCAGAGCAGUUUAACGAGCCGAUUGUGUUAAAGCAUGGAACAUGUGAAUUUGAGGAGCGUGGACACUUCGCAACUGCACAUUCGCCAAUAUCUGCGCAUGUCUGGCCGUUAGCUGAAGAAAAUCAUAAGGCUUUUGAAACCUUCGAAAUUCCACAACAUUGA